AAAGCGAGGAAAUGCAAUCAGUAACAUAGAAGAGGCAAUAUUUGCGGUUCAGCUCAUUGCUAGGUUGCGCGUGGAAUUUCCAGACCUGGUGGCGUUUAAGCACAUGGCAGUCAUAACACCCUAUCGGGCCCAAGUUCGUUUAGUGGAAGAGCAUCUGCGUGUAAGAUUCGGAGAAGAAGGGUCGUCCUUAGCGGAAGUUAGCACGAUCGACGGCUUUCAAGGGCGAGAGAAGGAGGUUAUCAUUUUU